GAAAUUGAAACUUUCGCAGUUUUGUUGACUUUGUGAAAAUAUUCAUCCAGUAGUUGGUAGUCGGGUUACAUAUUAUGUGGUUGUUUGUUAUAUGUAUAUAUAUGUAUAUACAAAACAACAACCCUUAACAAGCACUUAAAUUUGCAUCUGCGUAACCGUGUAACUCGGGAAUAAACAAGUUUGUUUAAACUAAAUGUCGAGGUAGAAACGUGGUUAGCAAGCGUUUAGGAUGGCAGAUCAGGAUUUUUUAAUUCCAAUAUCCAAGGAAGACCUUACAGUAGAUGAUACUCCUGGUCAGUAUGUCGCAGAAGUAUUGCCAAUUCGGCAACUGCCGUAUAAAGUUCGAGAAUUAGAGAAAGAUGUCAAAUCGAAAGAUGCACUGCUAAUUUUAGGCCACUUUGACACUGUCUACAGUCUUCUGUGUCAUUUUAGGUCUGCUGGACAGGAAGUAAAGAAUAGUGUUUGGGAUCUAAUGCUAAAAGUAUUGGAGGAGCAAUGCCAAGUACUUCCUACUGUUCUUGUGGAUCAUGCCUCGGACAAACGAAUAUGUAAGCAGCACCUGAACAGUUUGAAAAUGAUCUGCUACCUAGUGUGCCAGCUAAUGCAGUCAUUCCAAGCAGAGGCCAGUCAGCCCAGUACUGUUCCGAAGAAGAAAGGAAAACCACAGAAAAAGGCUGACCGGAAGAAUGACUGGGACUGGGAUGGGGAACGUGAUCAUGCCGUGCUUGUGCUCUGCCAACUCGUUAAGCUAAAUUUGGCGAAGCUUUGGGAUCCACCGGUUAUGGAGGAUGACUUUGUAAGCUUGAUCACAUCAACUUGCUACAAGCUGUUGGAGAAUGCUGAUAUAGUGCAUCAGCGGAACAAGGAAACCCGUAUCACCAUAUUCCACAUCAUGGCCAUUAUGGCCAAGAAAUAUAACAAUGACCUCAGUGCAAGUCUGAAGAUCAUCCAGAUGUUGCAGCAUUUUGAACAUCUGGGUGUGCCGCUAGCCCAUGCUGUCGAGAUAUUUGUCAAGGAGUAUGGUUUAAAGGACACAGUAAACGAAAUUAUGAGAGAAAUAGGCAGAAUGGAUCCAAAAGAGCUUGCGAGAGACAACUCGGCAACGAGAUCGUAUGCAGUGUUCAUGGUGGAGCUAGCUGGAAGGGUGCCCGAUGCUGUGCUGCCAUGCAUAAGUGUCCUACUUUGUCACCUAGAUGAAGAGUCAUACAGCAUGCGAAAUGCUGUGCUAGGAGUCAUGGGUGAACUAUUGCUACACAUGCUUACAGCCGAACAGCAAGACAACAAACUGAAAUCAACCAGGGAUCAGUUUUUGGAUAGACUCGAAGAUCACAUUCACGACGUAAAUGCCUUUGUGCGGAGUAAGGUGCUGCAGAUCUGGCUGCGAAUCUGCAACGAGAACGCGAUUCCGUUGCCGCGGCAACACGAACUUCUGAAAUUGGUCAGCGGGCGACUGGAGGACAAGUCUAGCAACGUUAGAAAGGCGGCGAUACAGUUACUGGGUGCCUACCUCAAGUGCAACCCGUUCGCGGCAAAGCUUUCUCUGGGCGAAUUGGAGGAAAGACUUAAGAAGGAAACCAACAAACUAAAAGAAAUUCUUCCUGAAACAGAUGCAGAAGAAAAUAAAGAAGGGAACCAACUGCUUAGCGAAGCAAAGGAACGUUGGAAUGCAAUGGAAGAGAGGGUGCUGGAAGCUGCAGCCCAGGUAUUGACGUGUAACGAUAGCAUGGAGCAGGAACUUCCGCAAGAUGCGCAGUUUGCGAUUGCAGACGAUGAUUCAGAAGACACGGUGAUCGGAAGAAUCUGCUCACUCUUGAACGAAGAGAAGUUUGAAGAGGCUGUCAAGCUUCUGCAGGCAGCCGCGGAUGCCUUUCCCGGAUCACCCAGACUCCAACGCGCACGCAACACCGAUUCGCAAAGCGACGAAGCUUCACUCGAUGUGAGUCAGCAGCAAGCGGACAUGGAGAAUUACGCUGCAGUGCUCAGCAACCUCUUCAUAGAGUCGUUAGUGCCGUCCCUCGUGGAGGAAGCUGUGGAACAGAGGAAGGAGACGCAGUUGGAGGGAGACAAUCAACCCGUCGUGAACGAAGUCACUAAGCAGCAGGUUCUGGUGCAGUACCUUCAGAUUGUAGAUUUUGUCAAAAAUGGAGAGAUUGAAAAUUCCGUCAUCCAGAUGUUAUGGGAAAGGUUUGCGAUGAAAAUCCCGGGCACCACGCAAGAUGAAAGCAAAGCGGCCUUAAAGCUUCUUGCAAUGGCUGCAGGGGCUGUGGUUGAAAUAGUUAAAAGCAACAUAGACAUCUUGAUUGAGGAGGGAUUUGGAAAGAGAGCGGAGAACGACUUUGAACUGGCUACUGACGCGUGUGUAGCACUCAUGAAAAUGGCAGGCGGACAAAAGGUGAAGGCAGGAUCACUGGCGCCACCUUGCCGGUUUGAUGCCGAACACGAAAUGUUUUCACGUCUCAGCAACCUCCUUGUCAAAGGGAUUACGAAUCUUAGCGACAGACACUACAUACCUCUGGCCCAGCAAGGUGUUUCUCUUAUUUACAAGCUAGCCGAACAUCCAGAUAGACUGUGCGGCGCAAUUUUAAAACAGGUCAUGGAAGAAAUUGUGUGUCGCGACGAGACAGACAACGACAGCAAUGACGACGUUGGCAGCAGCGGAGUCCUGAGCGAGGCGACGCGCAUCAACCCGAGCCACCUGUGUCGCCUCAUCGUCGUCGUCGGCCAGGUGGCGCUCAAGCAGCUCGUGCACGUCGACAGCGCCGUCACGAGCGAGCUGAAGCGACGGCGCGCGAUCCAGGAAGAAGUGAACAGCAAGAAGAAGCAGCCGCACCGACGCAAGUCGUCGCUGCCGGGGGACGGCAGCAAGACGAAGGAGUCAACAGGUGACAUGAUAGAGGAUGAGAUGGGGUUAACGGGAGCCGUGACGGAUGAUGUUGAAGCCGACUAUGUCAGGAAAGUCUGCGAUAAAGAAAUCGUCACAGGCGAUAACCUUCUGGCUCAGUUUGCUCCACUGGUGGUGGCGAUUUGCACCAACCCAGGCGAGUACGCACAUGAAGAACUGCAGACGGCUGCAGCAUUGAGCCUCGCCCAGUUCAUGAUAGUGAGUUCGGAGUUCUGUGAGGAGCACCUGCAGCUGCUGUUCACGAUCCUAGAGAAGAGUACGCAUCCGACGAUCAGGGGCAACACCAUCGUUGCCAUCGGCGACCUCACGUUCCGCUUCCCUAACCUCAUCGAGCCGUGGACCACGCACCUGUACGCGCGGUUACGGGACGAGUCUUCGCAGGUACGACGAAACACCGUGAUGGUGUUAACACAUCUCAUCCUCAAUGACAUGGUCAAGGUUAAAGGGCAACUCAGCGAGCUAACCCUGUGUCUCUCUGAUGUGGAUGAGAGAGUUGCAAGUCUUACUAAGCUGUUCUUCCAUGAGCUAUCCAAAAAGGGCAACGCUGUAUAUAAUAUUCUGCCGGACGUGAUUAGCAGACUCUCUGACCCAGACGCAGGAGUACCCGAGGAACAAUUCCGCAAUAUCAUGUCCUACCUAUUUUCAUUCAUCCAAAAAGACAAACAGCUGGAAGGGCUUGUUGAAAAGCUGUGCCACAGAUUCAGAGCAACAAGGUCGGACAGGCAGUGGCACGAUCUCGCAUACUGCCUCUCACUGCUCUCGUACGGCGAACGAUCGAUCCGCAAGCUGCUGGAGAACUUCUCCUGCUUCGCGGACAAGCUGGCCGACGACGACGUGUACGCGUGCCUGAGCAGCAUCGUCGACGCGACACGGAAGUACGCCAAGGUCGAGCUGAAGAACGUUCUGGAUGAGUUGGCGGACCGCUUGCACGAAUGCCACGUUAAAGGUCUGGACGAAGGACAGGUAGCUGACAAAGCCGCCAAGCAUUCACAAGCAGCUCCUAAGAGCCAGAAGAAACGAGGGUCGAAGCGAGCGCCGGCUCGCACGCCUCUGAGAAACAAGUGGUCGUCGGACGAAGAGGAUGGGGACUUUGCGCCGCGCAGCACGCGACCCGUGCGACAGAGGAAGCCUGUGCGGGCCGUGACGUUCAGCUCUGACGAGGAGAACGACGACGACGUCUUCCCGGGAAGCCAGGAAGCUUAUUACCUAUGUGUAAUCGUAGCAGAUUCUAGCACACGAUUUGAGCUGAUGGUGUAG